AUGUCUUCAAAUCUUAUUUCUAUUCUUAUUCUUGUUGUAUUUGUCUCAACAACCUUGGCGUGAGUUAUUUCCAUCUGUUGAGUUUACAAAACAAAACUAUACUUCCAGUCAGUUUGGCUUUGGUGGUCCAAUGAUGGGUGGACCUAUGAUGGGCGGCCCAAUGAUGGGAGGAUAUGGCCGCCCGUAUGGUGGAUAUGGGGGAUACGGUAGACCAUACGGUGGUUAUGGUUAUCGUCCUGGUUUUGGCGGAUGGGGAAAGUGA